GUCUGACGUCACUGUAAACACGGUCUCCUCUCACUAUAGAAACAACUACAGCACCAACAAGGCUUUGACCUAACUCUCAUGAGAGAGUGGUACACAACCGACCCGAGCUCAUUCGGACCUUUUCGGGAUGGCGGAUUUAGAGGCGAAAGUUUCCUCCAUUUUGGAGGAACUUAUAAACGCAGCCGUGUCGGAAAUGUCAAACAAUCCCGACGGCUGGAACUCAUCUGGAGCGUCUCCGCGUGAGAUCCAGCUCCAGCUCUUCCUGGCGCCUUUGGCUCGAGAAGCUGCAGAGAAGAUCAACCAGCUUUUCCUGGAGUCUUCCUCCGAUCUGCAGCAGCAAGUGUCUCAGGGGGCGGCUGAGGUCGAGGAGCUGAGGAGGAAACUGGAGGUGGUGGAGAUGCAGCUGAAGCUGAUGCUGGAGAGCAGCGGCGGCCCGGGCGAGGAGGGAGAGCAGACGGAGAGGAGGAGCACCUCGAGCAGAGGAGAAGGAGGAGAGAGCGCCCAGCGUUCACGGAGGAAGAGUCGCAGAGUGGUGAGUGUCGGUAACACCGGAGUGAAGAGAUCUCCCAUAAUCCACCUGUGGAAAGGCAGAACCUAUGAGGAUAAAUCUCAGACAGUUUUCAUAAAGGAGGAGGGAGUGGAGGCUCCCGACUCUGUUCAGCACUCAGAAGACCUGGUUCUGUACGAUGAAGGCGGUCCGGACCACCAGAUGGAACCAGAGGAUCCAGACGACGGCGAUCCAGAGUACACCGUCAGACCCAAACGUGUCCCCAAGCUCAAAGCUCUCGCCGUCCGAGCGCAGAGGGAGGGGCAGCCUCUGAGCUGCAAGCACUGCAGGAAAACCUUCACCAAGCUGCUGCAGCUCAAAGCCCACCAGGCCGUGCACGAAGCCAGCGCCGAGAAGCCGUUCCUCUGCUCCGAGUGUGGCCGAGGCUUCUCAUUCCAGAGGAGCCUCAAUGCUCACAUGCUGCUGCACACAGGAGAAAGACCUCACAGCUGUGACGUUUGUGGAAAGGCCUUCACCCUGAAGCAGCUCCUGAGAAACCACAAGCGCCUUCACGCCGACGUGCGUCCCUUUUGCUGCGAGGUUUGCGGUAAGAGCUUCUACCGAGCGCACGGUCUGAAAAUGCACAAGAUGGUUCACACCGGAGAGCGCACCUACAAGUGUCAGUACUGCAGCAAGAGCUUCACGAUCCACGGUAACCUGCAGCGCCACCUGCGCAUCCACACGGGCGAAAAGCCCUUCGUGUGUCAGACCUGCGGGAAAAGCUUCAACCAGCCAGAUACCCUGAAAAGCCACCAGCGCAUCCACACCGGCGAGCGUCCCUUCAGCUGCGAGACCUGCGGCAAAUGCUUCAUCCAGAAAAGCACCUUGAAGACGCACCAGAAGACCUCUCACACGGAGAAGAGCUCGCUGGUCUGCGUGGCGUGCGGCGACAUCGUCGCGUGCGUGGACUCCUUCCGCAAACACCUGCAGACGCACGCGGCGAGUAUCCCCUGCAGCUGCACGAUCUGCGGCCAGCGGCUCUGCUCCAUCACGGAGCUGCGCCUGCACCAGCAGCACCACACCGCGGACCGACCCCACAGCUGCGGCGUCUGCGGGAAGAGCUUCAAGUCCUCCGGUUACCUGAAGACUCACUCCAUGACGCACAGCGGGGAGCGGCCCUUCACCUGCGAGAUCUGUGGGCGGACCUUCACGCAGCACAGCAGCCUCAAGGCGCAUCAGGUGGUCCACACCGGCGAGAAGCCGUUCAGCUGCGACACCUGCGGGAAGCACUUCAGCAACGCGGGCAACCUGAACCGACACCAGCGCAUCCACACCGGCGAGAAGCCCUUCAGCUGCGACGUCUGCGGACGCAGCUUCAACCAGGGGAACAGCCUGAAAGCCCACCAGCAGAUCCACACGGGAGAGAAGCCGUUCAUGUGCGACAAGUGCGGCAAGAGUUUCUCCUACAUGAGGAACCUGAAGGAGCACAAGUGUGUCUACAUCUGAGAAAUCUCCUCAUAGAGGAGACAAACGCUGAAGUGCAAUCUUCUGUACCUCCGGAUGUUUGUUUAGGACACAGACGAUUGAAAACAAACUCUUAUGCGUGUUAAAAUGCAGAGAAGCCCUGAAAAGAACAAAGUAAAAGGCAGGAACCAUUAUUACUUGAUAAUAUGACAUCUGAUGACAUAAGUGAUCACAUUUUCUCUUUUCUUGCUCUGACUUUAUAAAACAGUUUUCUUACCUCAACAUUAAAGUCAGACAAACAUUUAAAACGGUUUUCUGAUUAUCUAUCAAAACAACAGUAAAUAUCGAGUUCAUUUUUUUUCUUUUUUAGACAUUGGAGUGUUUUUGGUUACUUUAAGUGUCGUGUGGUGCAGUGGUUAGCCCUCUCGCCUCACAGUGAGGUUCAAAUCCCUGCUGGGAUCUUUCUGUUCCCCUUGUACAGCGUGAGUUUUCUCCAGGCACUUCCUACAAAAACACCCUUCAUAAGUUGACUGGUUACACUAAAUCAUGUGUGGUCCUGCAACAGACUGACAAAAUGUUCUGUGGAUCCAACCUUUGUCCAACAGUAGCUGGGAUAGGCUCCAGCAACCCUGCGACCCCCAAACGGAUGGAUGGUCUUAACCCUUUAACUACCAAAAAUGAAAUGCUGAUUGCAUUAGUAUGGAACCCCUAAAGGGAUGUCAAAGUAAAAAAAAUAAUAAUAAAAUACUGCAGAAAAUACUUAGGGGCUGAUUAAAAAAAUUAAAGUAAAAAAAAAA